UUAGAGAUGUUGCUAAACCGGGUGAUGACGCGACGCCACUGAGCAAACAUUGCGUAGUUGAAACGUAGUUGAAACUGCGAAUGCUAUCACCUGCAAAACUCAGUCUAGCAUGCCGCUGUUUGGAUCAGCAAGACAAGAGAAAAACAUUAGGAGUUAGGACAAAGUUCAUCUAGCUGCUUUUCUAGCAUAAGAAAACUCGCUGGAGCUUUUCAUUACUGGAAACCUACAGUCAGGAGGUCGAUUUUAGAUUAGGUCCUUUGCAAACCAUCUGAAUCAGUCUCAGAUUUCAAAAGGAAGGAGACGAAAGGAACUCAACAAAAAUGGACGUGAACAACCUGAGACAUCCCUCGGCUUUUCUGAAGGUUAUAGAAAUAUUUCUUCUCAUCAUUAUCCUGGCCCUGUACUUCAGCCAGUUAGGCGAUCCGGGGAGGAACUUCGUGACGAGCGUCGUCGUCGGAUGUUUUCUCAACGCCUCUGUCUUGCUGACUCUCAGAUUCAUGGGUUACAAUCAAAUACAAAAUACGCCACUGGAGCUGAUAUUCUACGUUUACUACGUCGUCUCCCUCUUCAUCUCCGCCAUCCUGCUCUUCUGUACGGGAAACGGGCCAUUCGUAGCGGCUGGAUUUUUCUGUCUGUUCAUCAUGGUUGUUUACUGCGCUGACUGGUACUACGCCUUCAUUGCCCUAAAUGGACACCCUCCCCAGUUCUUCUCAGGACAGAGACCAGCCCAGGAAACUCCGUCUUCCCAGAGUCACCAGUCUGGGUAUCAGCAGCGGGUGACUGAUAGUGUCGAUGCAGGACUCCCACCGAGUGAGGACAUCUUCCAUACUAAUCCCACGUAUCCGCCAACGAUGAAUUAUCCUCCUAUUAAUAUCGGAAUGAAAUUACCACCGAUGUUCCCAGUGAACGUGCAUAAUCCCACGGAUCCCAAACCUUAAGAAAAAAAAUUUUUCCCAAAACGCUUUGUGCUCAGUUCAGUACUUCAACUGAACUUCAUUCACCCCGUAUUCUCUGCAUUUGUCCCCCUACAGCACUAAUGCCAAAGGCACCUCUUAAUGUCCGUCACAUUUUAUCCCGCCAUUCAUUCUCACAGACUGGAAAGACCUUACUACAGCAAACGCCAGUUACAUUUGGUUUUCAAAGCUCAUUCGUUUUUAUUUAGGAAACAAUUCCCUGGAUGUACUGCACAUUGUGUCUUGAAGCCACUUCUCGCUAGUUUUAGGAAUGUAUGCGAUUUGAUGGAAGCAUUAAUUCAUUCUCCAGUUCAAAGGUAUUCUCGUGCCCGACUUAUUCACGAGCUCAGUCCUCGCUGAUUUUCCAAGUGUAAAGGUUGUAAACCACUUCGUGUUAUCAAGUACUUGUGUAAGUGUUAUAAUUUCAUCUAUUUUUUUUAAUACAUUUAAUUCAAUUAAUGUUUCUUAGGUGAGGUCCAGCUCAUUCCCCGGCUAUUCCACAGAAUCCUCAAGGAUGGACACCAAUUUGUACUCUCAAGCUUAGUUUUACUAUUUGCUCUAAUCCAAAGCCAAAGUCACCCUUCAUCAUCAUCAUCAUGUACAAGAGCGUUUAAAAAAAUGUCAGUCACUAAAUUUCUCUUAUUUUGAUCAAGGUGCAAGUUGAAUGAUUGUAAGAAAUUCCUUUGUAACCAACUUGGUAUCUGGUUGUGGAAAAUAAAAUAGAAGAGGCGAUUAGA